AUGCCUUCCUCACACAGCACUGACGAGCAUGUUGUCAUCACCGCCGAAGAGAUCACGGGUGCUGGGGGCCCUCACAGUGACCUCGAAUCUCCCGGGCCACUGGCGCAGAAACGGCCCAACGCCUUCACAGAACUCAUGGCGUCCAAGAAAACGAAACAGUACACCUCCCCGCCUUCAAAGGGUAUGGCCUCGAAGGUAUACAACAUCUUCCGAGAUCGCAGUGGAUUGGGUGCGUAUCUCGAGAGCCCGGAAUCGCUUCCGCCGAAUCGCGUUGUCGAGUAUGAUGACGAGUUUGUGGUGAUCAACGAUCUGUAUCCGAAAGCUAGUGUGCAUCUCCUUCUCCUCCCGCGCUCCCCCGCACUUUCCUCCCAGCAUCCACUACAUGCCCUCUCUAGCAACCCCACCUUCCUCGCCUCCGUUCGGUCACGCGUCGAGAAGCUGAAAAUAACCGUCGCGAAUGAAUUACGCCGGCAAUAUGGGAAAUACAGUGCGUCAGACGCUCCCUACCAACUCGCUCUCGAAGAUAUGAUGUCCUCUCCCAACCCCCCUUCCCCAGACCAGCGCGCCGCCGUCCUUCCCCAAGGGCGCGAUUGGUCGCGUUCGGUGAUCGCUGGGGUGCACACACACCCGUCUAUGUCGCAUCUACACAUCCACGUGAUCUCUGUGGACAUGCAUUCGCCAUGUCUAAAACACAAAAAGCACUAUCUCUCCUUUAAUUCCACAUUCUUUGUCUCGCUAGACGACUUCCCGCUCGAGGAAGACAGCCUGAGGUUUCAUCCCGGGGACUGGCCGAGCUGGGAGAUGAAGUGCUGGCGCUGUGGACGCAAUUUCGGGAAUAAGUUUAAGGCGUUGAAGCAUCAUUUAGAGGGCGAGUUUGACGCUUGGAAGAAAGAGUAG